AUUAGUAACGCUAGCAUUGAGCCAGGAAAUGUAUUCGCUGGUUACAUAAAAAACGGGAAAAGAGAAAUUUUGUCCUUCUAAAAGUUCUUUUUUUGGUGGUGGCGACGCGCUCUGAGUGUAGUUCCGAGGAUACAAAUCAGUAAUUUCAACAAGGAGAAAAGUUCAAUUUUCGGAAGGAAAAUUCUUCAAUACAACCCCUCAAUUGGUGGGGUCGGUUCAGCUUUGUGUUUGACCCCCGCGGUGGGAAAUAAUAAAAUGAAUUUAGAAGUUUUCCUAGAAGCAGCGAGGAAAAUGUAUCACGCAGUUGGUGGGUUCUUUUUCCACACAACUGGAGAGAAAUGGUGGUGAUGUGAAAGAUUUCGCCUUUCCUUGAUUCGAUAAAGUGGAAUCCGGAUGCCCUUGGAUCAGGGUUGAAAAAUAUGAAAAUCCGACGCAGCUUACAAAUUGAAGUGUUGUGAAGCAAGGAAAAAUCACAAAAGAAUACGAAGAAAAGUGUACGCGGAUGCUCGUGAUCAAUAUACACACAAGGAAGAGAAAAUAGUCCGUGUCGUAUAGCUGUGUGUGGGGUGGAAAAAUCUCAUCCUUGGCGGGUCCUGAGUCCUUGCCAGAAUCAGGAGUAGGAGCGGGAGCAGAUAUCAGCCUGGAGCGAUGGUGGCGGGAGCGAAAAGCCCUCUUUUAGUCAAGAUUUAGGUUAACGGAGGAAACUCUGCCUCGGCAGUGUACGAAUACAUAUCAUAUCGAAUGCCUCGUCGUUUCUAUACAAACGUAGUGUAAGAAUUUAGCGUAAGUGUGGGAGAGAGAUAUAUAGUAGGAGGGCAAGUAAUUUUAAAAUCGAUGAACUAGUAUCAACACAGUUCAUCUAUCCAAUACAUAUCAGAUAAAGUGGCUUUGGAAUCGAGAGCGUGCGAGUAAGUAGUGUACAGUAAAAGUCUGCCGAAGGAAGAGGAGAAUCGUGUUCCAACAGCAAGAAGCGAGUGUGCUGGGCAGGAAAAGUGGAAAGUGUUCUGUAAAUUGAUGUAUAUGUGUGAAUGUGAGCUGGAAGUUGGAAGUGGGUUUGCAGUGAAGAAAACAGAAGAAUCAGAAGAAGUGAAAAAAUCAAUCGUCAAAUUGCAUCCCGCCACCUGCUGCUCCACCUUCGCCAACGCUCCCGGCUCCUCCGCCGCCGGGGCUGCAGUUCAGUGCUGCCAUCUGCAACCCAAUGCCCGAUGCAGCCUCGUGGUGCCAGCAGAUGGACCUAGGAGAUCGUUUCUGCUGCUCACACCGAUGCCCACAAAACGACGCGGUGAUCAAUUGAGGGAUUGUUCCGUUUCGUUGCCACUGGACAUUCUAUGGUUACCCAAAACGGCUAUGAGGCCCAUCGGGCCACCAGAAUCUUCCCACUCAGAGUGCGUCCUCGUCGUAGGCGUAUCCCGUCCUAAGCUAGCGGCUUUAUUCUUAUCGGUUAUGUUGUUAUCUUUGUUUCUUACGUUUCACAUUCUGUACGACAGCGCAGUCUACAGCAUUCAGGCUGCAACGGCCAUAUCCGAAAACAAGAUCGCCAUAUUAACAAAUCACAUUCCGAAUCCACCGGUGAUUAAUCAUCCUGUGGUGUUCCCCAACAGGAUCCAUUUUCCCAAGACGAGUAGAAGGCUUCCGCAGUGUUUGAUAAUCGGGGUGAGGAAAUGUGGAACACGUGCCCUGCUGGAGAUGCUGUACUUGCACCCAAGGAUUCAGAAGGCGGCGGGCGAGAUCCAUUUCUUCGACCGCGACGAAAACUAUCUCAAGGGACUGGAGUGGUACCGGAAGAAGAUGCCCCACUCGUUCCGUGGACAGAUUACCAUCGAGAAAAGUCCCAGCUACUUCGUGACACCCGAGGUCCCCGAACGCGUCCGGGCGAUGAAUGCCACCAUUAAGCUGUUGCUAAUCGUGCGAGAACCGGUGACACGGGCGAUAUCGGACUACACUCAGCUCCGGAGCCACGCGGCGACGGCGACGUUACCGCAGCAACAAAGUCUCUCUUCCACGUCGCCACUGUCGAGGUCGUUUGAAGAUUUGGCAAUUCUGCCGAAUGGAACCGUUAACGAAGCGUAUCGACCGCUGGCGAUAUCACAGUAUCACGUCCACGUGCACAGGUGGUUGGAGGUCUUCUCGCGGGAGCAAUUACUCGUUGUCAACGGUGACCAGUUGAUAGAGGACCCGGUGUCACAGCUGCGACGGAUCGAGGAUUUUUUAGGAAUCGAGCCCCGAAUCGGUAGCAAUAACUUCUACUUCAACGAGACGAAGGGUUUCUACUGUCUGCGCAACGAAACCGGCGACAAGUGCCUGCGGGAGACGAAGGGCCGCAAGCAUCCCCGGGUCGAUCCGGUGGUGGUGUCGAAACUGCGCAAGUUUUUCGUCGAACACAAUCAAAAAUUUUACGAACUGGUCGGCGAGGACCUCGGCUGGCCGGAGGAGUAGAAGAGCAUUGUCACUGUCACGCCACCGGCUCCAACGGAUUCCAGAGGGCAUCGCACAAAAGCUGAAAUGAGUAAACGGGUAGACGGGAUAGUUCAAGGAUCGAAAACACGAGAGGUAGGUGUAAAGCUGAACUGAAUUAGUAGAGAAAGCUAUCCCAGGAUGACGAACGGGUUCAGCAUCCGACGCGUAGCGUAAAACAGCGAAGAAACCAUGCAACCAAAUCCAAGCAGGAAAGUAAGAAAGCUUUCAGUAGUAGCGCACGUUUUUGAAACGUUUUAGAUAGGGAUUAAUUAAUACAAAAUCAAUAUUUUUGAAUCGCAGGGGGUGCUUUUUUGGUAAAUACUACGCGGGCACCGGACGGCACACGGCAGGUCGACGGACACGGGGGCCACGUGGAAUUGUCUACAGGAAGUUGGUUUAGCGGAUUUCGCGGAAAAAGGUGUUUUUGUCUGGCACCAUAUCUAGACGGUGUCAUUAGACUGGGGUGGAAAAUGGCUUUCACAUUCAACAGCAGCAAUGACAAAAGUAACCACCGAAUGAGAGAGAACGCGCGAUGAAAAUGGCAAAUAAAGGCAAGAUUUAUCCGUUAUUCGAAGUUUGCUGGAAUCGUCGUUAGAAUAAUACCGUCGAGAGCGUAACGAGGCGCUUUCGAAGAGCCAAGAGGGGAGGAUAGGAACGUUUUGUGAAACUUGGAUGAAAUUAUAUUUAACGGAAACCUGAACAAAGAUUAGACUCUGUGGUGUGGCAAGGCGCACGCGAGCAGUUGGAAAUGGAAACAACGGCUCAUUAAAUUUAAAUAAGGGCCGCUAUAACGGGGCAUGUUGAAGAUUUGAAUUUAAUUGGUAUAACAAGAUUUUGCUGUAACAGCGUGCCUUGUGUGACAGUUACGAGAAGCGAUUAACUGCUGGUUUUGCAUUUCUGUUUUUUUUAUUUUAGAUUUGAUUGUUUUCAUCGAAAUUGCGUUUAAAAUUACACCUUAGUUUUUGAUCGAAUGACUUUCAGUAACAAUGACAAUCUGUGAUCUAGCAAAUUUUAUCUAUUUUUUUAAUAUGGAACAAAUGGUUUUGUAAAUAACCUGAUUUGGCGUGUUUCUUGUUAUCAAAACAAAGAUCAGUAAAAUCGAACGGUGAACAGCAAUUUGUAGGUUUUUUGGUGACUUGGGAUAAAAAUGUUAAUGUACAAUUUGAAUACGAUGGGGAAUGAUGAAACUUACUUUCAAAUCAUUUUGUUUGUUCGAAAACGUCGAAAAUUAGUUUAAGAUAGGAGUCUAUUCAACGUGAAACAAUUAGAAAUUCAUUUUUCUGCGUUUAUAAUCAUAUUGUGCAUUUUGGGCUCGUUUAAAAAUAUUUUAUUUUUUGUGUAAUUCCAAUGUACAGUACCGCAAAAACAUUUUGUCCUUGUUUGGUCAGAGUCGAGGGACAUAAACAUUAAAAAAUAGUUGCAACGUUCCAAUUAUGGAGACGCAUGGUGUUCCAUAAAUAAAGGUUUUGUGUAACCAUAGAGUUAUUAUAACAUGUAAAUAUAUAUCAUGUAUUAUUGCAAGCUACAAAAAAGUCUCUGAAAUUUUGAUAAGCAAAAAUAUACAUUAGGAGAUGUUGGUGGAUAUCCACACUCCAUAAAGAAAAGAUUAUUUUAUAUGGACAAUUGUCCAUUUUGAUCAUACAGAAAGUACUGAAUAAAUUGCAGCCUAAUUCAAAAAAAUAAUAAUAAAAAUUAGAAUAAUUUGCCCAAACUUUGGUUUUUGGUUUUCUUUAACGGGAAUUAAAAGUUGCAGGUUUACCAAUAUAACAGUGCUGAAGUGUACAAUAUGCAACUUGUUUGAAUGUUGUAAAAACCAACAGUAUGUAUGAUCUGUCCCGAAAUUGUCAUAAUUUUGCAAUUUGUUGCAUAAAUUUCUACCUCGAACGGAUUUCACAGUUGUCAACAAUAGUUACUAAGAUACACAUAAAAAACAAUUGUGUUAACCUUAUCACCCCUUGUAUGGAGUGCCAAAAGUCCUGACAAAAAGGAAGCACCAAAGCAAGGAUGCUUAACUCAAUUUUCGGGAACCUUGCUCCUCGCUGCGCUUAUUAGGUAACGUUUUUUUUUUCUUAAACCCCCCUCCCGAACCAAAAGUGUUCACAAGGCUGCCUUGGUGGGUAGCGUGGAGCUUCAGACCGCAAGCUGAAGGCUGCAGUCAGCCAGCCAAAACCAACCAACCAACCAGGCCCCAGUUGCUUGUGGUGGUGGUCUUUCACUCACAGACACAAGCUGGGCUGGUAUAAUGCAUAUUUCUACACAAUCUUAUCGGACAUGUUCUCAACCACAUCACGCAAGCUUGUUAUUCACUCUGUAAAGAAAUUCAUCUGUCUUGACGCUUUGCCCUUCUGUGUUCUUGGGCUGAGGUAGUACGACGGGGUGAGUUGGGGUUUGGGUGGGCACCAUGUUACAUAAAUUUAUUCCUUGAAAGCGUCCUCGCCUCCUAAACUGACAAACACAUGGCUGGCUGGCAACCUACCCCAAGGAUAGAGUGUAAGGAUAAAGAGCGGGAAUUUGCACUCGCAAGUAAAAUCCAAGUCAGGAGGGGAUGCGAAAAAGCUUACCAGUCACGAAGUCAGUCAACAGUCAUCUGCCCUAUACCCGCUCCGCUUCUCGAAUGACUGAACCGCUAAAGUAUCUGGAACUGAUUUUGGAUGCGGUGAUGGUUGAGGAGGGGUCUCACAGAUCCAUCAGGCUAAAGGCACGUUUGUGCGGCACGCUUCGGCAGUGUCCCUGAUUCUAAUGGAUUUUUGAUUCAAAAGGACCUGUGACCUACUCCUCUUUAGACCGGAGAACACGUUUGCCGGGAUGAAUAGCAGAGAGACCACAUCGUCGCCGUCACCCCAACUAUGGCAAACGGUUUCAAUAAGUUUAAUUAUUUCCAGUACGUGGCAUCAGGCCGGAAAUGAAAAGAGGAGAAGACGAUGAGCGACGACAUUUGCCAACUCUGUCGAGGCGCUUGAGACACAACUUCUUCACACUCUGUGUGACCUCGUCCCAUACGAUAUUCAACGCGCGACGCCGUCGUGAAUGCAUUUCUGGGAGAUGCACCAUGGCAAAAGCAGCCAUGAUUACGGUAUAGUGCGGUGAUAAAGUCACGUAGUUCACAGCUUCCAAGCGGAUGUAGCACCCCACGACCCACCCAACUUACCCCUUUCGGGCGAAGCACCCACACACAUACGCCAUCUCGUUAGUACGCCGAGGCGGUUUUGGAACUGAAGCAUCAUUUGGUAACCGAAAUGAAAUCAGCAGCGUUGGAGCUUUUCAGAAAUUUAUUCCGAGAUUCGGUGGCAUAAACAAAAAGUUUUCCCGAAAUCGGGCUGACUGGUUCAAAGAGUAUAGGGAAAAUAGAGUGCCAAUGCUGCAUGGAAAACGAACCUACUGCGAACGUAAAUAUUUAGCUCUGCUUUGAUAAUGUAAACGCAAGCAUUUUAACAACUAAUUGAUAUUGAACUCUUGUAAUGACAAACAGAAGUUGCAUGAGCGGUCUUGAUAACUCGGCACAAUCAAUUCAAAUUUGAUUUUUUCAAAUAUUUUGAAACCAGUACAAAUAAGCGGUAUCUAAAAUUUUUCUCGAAGGAUACACCUUUUUAUGUAUUCAAGAUUCAACAUAUAUUACAUGGGCUAUUACGUCCCUAUAAUACCCGGGCUACAGAAUACGUAUUUGACGUAUUUGAUUCGUCGGGAUUCAAAUCGUCGACCUUUGGAUUGUUAGUCCAGUUUGCGGUUUGAUUGAUCCACCCAGGCGGACCAAAAAAUCUUAAAUUAGCUUGAUUCUUGAUUUCUUUAAACCAUAACUUAACAAAAUUUGCAGAUCCGCAAAAAACAAGAUCAUUGAUCAUGAACAAACGAUCAACAAAUCAUCGAUGUCGUGCCAUCUUGUCGCACGGGCCUAAUUGAGUUAAAAACGCCAUGUUGUGCAGCUUACAAUGCCUCACCUUUUGACCAUCAAAGAUUCGAAAAUUCGAACCUGAGAUGUUAAAAAAACGAAAAAAAUCCGAGCAUUGAUGUCACUUUUUAUAUGGAGGAACUUUCAAACAAAACACAAACAAAAAAUAAUGUAAUGUAUGACUGUUCAGUACAGCAACUUCAUACCGUAAUUUAUUACCGAUUUUAUUGAAAUUCCUUCAAGCAUCAAAAAUUUUAACACAAGUGCAAAGUGUCACAGCUCAGAUUGCAACACGGUAAAAAAUCAUAGUGAUAUUACAUCUGGGAAUGGGUACAUCUUUUAGGUCUGAUUUUUUUAUUUAGCCUCUAAAUUGUGUAAAUUCACCAUUUUUUCAAUGUCUUGCCACAUUUUCAUUAUGAAAAGAAAUAAUAUUACACCUUCCAAAUUUACACAUUUUUUUACUGUGAAGUUAACUUGUACCGGUCAGUGAGAUGAUCAACCUUUGCGUUUCAGCCAACAAAACACUCGACUUAAGAAUAAAUUUUCGCUCUUUCUUGUUCCUCUUUUCGGCAGUGUUGUCCCUUUGUGUGAGUUUACCCAAGUCGAAAUCAUCCCAAAAAUAAUCCCCACUUUUUUUUAGUGGGUUGAUGCUCACUCGAAGGGUGCUCAAGUAAUUUUUCACGAAACUUUUUCCUUCCAUCUCCGACAGCAGCACCAGCAGAGAGGGUGGAUUGUGUCCCUUUACACUUUCAUCCUUCAAGCAGGUCGAAAAAAGCUCGCGCUUCCUCUCCUCAUCAAUCGUCACACGAGGGUGCUUGGUUUUCUUUCGUCCUUUUUUUCUGGCUGGCUUUUGGGGGCUGCUGAGUGGGUGCACGUGUCAUCUGUCUCGUUGUCUUCCACCGCGCGCCGGUCGUCAAAGUUGCCGUCAGUGCCACACGCAGCAUACGCCUUGCUUUGUGCCCUGCAGAACCGGUUUGUGGAAACUUUUCCACCUUUCAAUUUAUCUCAUCACUGGGCGGGGGACUUGCGGUAUAAUUCACGGUGGGAGGAAGGGGAAAAAUGCUGGCGAUUGGGUUUUUUUUGAGUUUUCAGAUUUCAAUCUUCUUAAACAAUAAAGUUGAAAAUAUUGAUUCCUGCACAGUAGAAAAACAUGGUAAUAUAACAUCUACAUCUUUUAUGUCAGAAAAAUGUGUAAUUUUACCUCUAAAAAAGUGUAGUUUUACCAUUUUUUUAGUGUAGUGUCACUUUUUCAGUCUAAAAUGAGGUAAACUUACAUGAAUAUAGAGGUAAUAUUAAACCUUCCAAAUUUACACAAUUUUUACUGUGUGUGAACAUAUCAUAUGUUGGAAUAAAAUAUGUUCAAACAUGUUUAACCAGCAUGAAGUUUGUCUUUAUUCACAGUAUCUUAUUUUACAAAUCCAAGCCUGAAUUUGAUGAAUUUGUGAUACCAUUGUAUCAUGAAAGAAUGUUGUAGUGCUACGGUACAAUUAUAUAUGUUCCGCAACGUUCUUCAGUUUUUUAAAUAAAUUCUAUAGAAAUUUUAUAUAUUCUGCAAACUUCUUCAGAGUGGAAGAAUCGAUUCGAUGUUACCGGCAAAGUUGGUCAAUGAAACACAAAGCUCCUGGGAAUUUCCGUAUACGUUCACAGACUCAAAAAUUGCAAAACCCAAAUGAGCACUGAUUCUACGGGUUUAUUAAAACUCUUCUGAACUUUAAAUUAGAGCGUCAAAUUUCCCCUCCCGGAAAAAACCCUAGGAAUUCCCGGGAUUUCUCGAAAAAACAAAAUUCCCGAAUUCCCGAAAUUCUAGCGGAAGUAAACAUUUUCUUGACUUUUUGAUACAUGUUUUUAUAAUUUAAAAAAAAAGAAUGAACUUAAUAUUAUUUUAUAAAAUUCAAUUGACUGCUCUUAUCAGAUCUUAUCAGUUCUUUUCAGUUUUUUUUUAAUUUCAUUUCAAGGUUUAUUUCACAUGAUUUUAAUUUCUGGAACAUUCAUAACUUAGAAUAGAAAUUUUUCAAACAUUACGAUAUUAUGGAAUGGCAAUAAAAUAAAUUAAUUAUAAUUAUAUCGCCAAGAUCAAAGUUGAUUUUUUUACGUUUUUGUUUAUCAUGACCAUGUUAGAUGAAAAUUAAAUUGAUAUCAUUAUACCACGGUGUAUUUUUUUUUUGAGACCUCAAAUACAAUCUAAUCUAAUCAGACCCUAGCGCAGCCAAUCUUUCAAAGGGAUCCUGGAGAGUGCCUUAGGUUAGAUGACGCCUAGCACUCUUCUUGUCAUUUAUUAACAUUUGUAGUGCGCCAUUGCAUUAGAAUGCAAUGAAACAUCACAAGCGUUAAAGCGGCCAGGCCUACUGCGUAAAGCCGUAUCGCAGAGAUGAUUCGUAAUUGGGUUGAAUUUGAGCACUGAGUGUUCGAACAACAACAUAAUUCUGAAUCGACAGGGGAGGAAGAAGCGUGGGGACAC